CUGAAUAAUGCAGUUAUUUCUUGACAUCUUACCCAGGGAGCUGAUUGCUGUAGACCAACACACAAAGAUAAUCCCAGGUUGCUCAUUAGUUGGUGGACAGCAGGCAUGCGUGAUGACAGUAAAAAAAUUCCUUCUGGACUUAUCACCUGCACUUAACGGUAAUCAGUAGAUUCAAGAAGAACCAGAAUAGCUCAAGGAGCACAAAAUGUGAUAGCGGACCAGAAAUAGACCAAGUGAGGCCGUAUGAUCCCCAACAGCCUGACUGUAUGACAGACGGUUUUAUCGUGGGUCUGAGGUGUCUUUUUAAUAACAGAUGAUUAAGAAAUUUGAAAAAUGCAUUUACUGGAUGAAUAAACAGCUGAAAAUACUACUUUAAAAAAUUGCACAUUUUCCUGAACUUUAGCCUAAACACUGGAUCGUGAAGAUUAUUGGGGGAAAUAAAAGCAGUUGAGCGGUCCGGGUCAUGUGGUCGACUCAGCUGGAGAGAGAAGCAACACUGUUGUCUCUUCAGGUGCCCUAAGAAGACAAAAGAUAGUCAUGAAGGCCUACCCUUAUCCCAGUUUUACAAGCUUAGAGCAGCAGAGUAGUGUCCUAACAUUACGACUGUCUUUGCCCACUGUGCUUAAUUAAUACCAGAUCAGUGCAGAAAAUGUCACCUCCACCUUCUGUUCCUCUUGCCAGCAGUCUGGCUGUGUAACAUGAGUCAGGGGCCAAAUAUAGCCCCACACAGUGAGCAGCUAGGGACCGGCACAGAUGGGACAGCAGCAAGCUGCACAGGCAGUAAGCAAUUGGACCCUGAACCUGAGAGAACCUGCUGACCGUCUGACCAAUAAGGCGAGGGAUAGAGAAGAGAAGCUUCAUUUUGUUUCGUUCCCACAUAAACAAGACAAACCUGGACCCAAAGAACAAGGGAAAAACUUUCAGCCACACAGGGACACUUGAAGGAUGCAGGACGGGAGUUGGAAUCAACCACUCCCCAUUUCAGUGCUGCUCAAGGAUCCAGCAGCAGGUGGGACUUCGGAAGGCGAUGCAGGUGUUUUUUCUGAGGCCUCCUCUGAUGGAGAACUCUACCUUGACUCGUCGACAGAGCUGGAUUCUGGACACGGGGACUUUGCAGAUCUGACUGCCUUCUUGAGUGCGGAGGAGAUUAAUCUUAGCCUGGACCUGGCCCGGGAGGCCUUCGGUGAGGCGGAUGAAUGUGAAGAUCAGGACCCCUCUAGUCUUAAACAACUGGAGCAGGCUCUCCAAUCUGUCCCUUCCCCCCAUGUUGUGCCCUCUCAAACGACUGAAAACCUCAACUCAAGCCCAAGCCUACACCACCAGACCAAAUCUGUUUGCCCCGAUGACAAUGGAGCAGUUUCAGUUUCCUCCAACCAGAUUGCUCCCAUCAGCAAACCCGUACAGAUCUCCAGUGAGGCUCCGUCCUCAGCUGAGAAGGUUGUACGGCACAAGUCCAUCCAGCCCGUGUACAAGCAAGACAAGCCCAGGCUGGUUCACGAAGGCCUCGAGCUGAACGGCCGAGCAGCUUCGGGCACAGAGUUCUGCAGUCGGGCAGCCACCUUCAUUGAGGAACUGUCAUCCGUUUUCAAAAGUUCUGCUCAGCAGGCAGAGGAGGAAUCCUCCUCUCCUGACAGUGGCUACCUGUCUCCGAGAAGCCAGCGGACCGUCCCUCAAGGCUCGAUGUCCACUUCCUCCCUACCUGAAGGCCAACAAGAGGGCACACACAAUAACCCGCCGGAGAUGGGAGAGGGGGGUUCGGAGCUUCCCCUGUCCCCACCUCAGUUCCUCCAAAAGCUGAAGAGUCAGGAAGUGGCUGAAGGCAGCCCCAUUCGUCUGGAGUGUAGAGUUCAAGGAAAUCCACUGCCUCUCGUCAGGUGGUUCUGUGAAGGCCGCGAGCUGCAGAACUCCCCUGACAUUCAGAUCUGGAGGGAAGGCGACCUUCACACGCUGGUGAUCACCGAAGCCUUCGAGGACGACACGGGACGUUACACCUGCGUGGCGUCCAACAGCCUGGGAGCAGAUAACACCUCCGCCGAGGUUUACAUUGAAGGGGCUACAUCAUCGGACUCAGAGGGAGAAGGAACGCCGUCAAAGUCAAGAUCAGGAGCCAUGCCUCAAGCGCAGAAAAAGACUACUUCCAUGUCCUUAACGAUACGCUCAUCAUCACCCAAAACCCCAGAGAUGCUUCCUCAUCGCUCAGCUCUGGUCCAGUCCAUGUCUCAGCCCCCACAGCGGAUGCAGAGCCCCAUGUCUGCACUGCAUGGUGGUGAGUCGUCAGGCCCUCCACUGUUCACAAAGCUCCUGCAGGACGUCCAGGCGUCGGAGGGCCAGGUGGUGGUUCUGGAGUGCAGGGUCCGUGGAAACCCUCCCCUCCAGGUCCAAUGGUACCGGCAAGGGAACGAGAUUCUGGACUCCCCCGAUUUCAGGAUUCUACAAAAAAAGCCUCGGUCUGCAGCUGAGUCAGAGGAGAUCUGCACCUUGGUGAUCGCCGAGGCUUUUCCAGAGGAUGGAGGUCUGUUCUUCUGUAAGGCGUCUAACGCUUUGGGCUCUGUCAGCAGCACGGCCCAGCUGACCGUGAAUCCAGCAGCUGAGGACUCAUCAAGUAAUGGCAUGUCUGGCGAUAGUUCAGGAUUUGAGGAUGCGGCCUCCUUCCCUCCUCCGCCUCCUCCUUCGCCACCACCCACCGAGAUCAGCCUCCUGGAGGUGCCGCCCAAGGCGCUGCCUCAGCCCGGUUUAGACGCUUUCCCUGUCAAAGAGCUGGAGAUGUGGCCCAGUGCGUCCGUUCCGCCUCUGGUGCAAAUUAGCUCAGAGGUAGAAGACGGGGACAAGGAGAGAGAGCAGGAGCCUCUCCAGAACGGCCAACACCCACCGUCACCUCCAAGCUUACCUAAAGACACCCAAUUCCCACCACCACCUCCUCCUCUGGCACUGUCAGAACCAGCAGCAGCAGACAUCCAGGUCACGCCCUCAAGUCAAGCCCACAUCUUACGAGACUCUCCUCCGAGCCACGGCAAGCUGUCUCCAUCCCCCGGGAAAGAUGGUCCUCCGAUCCCUACCAAGCCAAAACCAAAGCUAGCUGACAAUAUUGAGGAGAAGACUGACAAAGCCAGGAACGCGGCCCAGCUGAAGCAGCUGCAGGACCAGAUUCUGUUGGAGCAGCAGGAGGCAGCCAUCUGGCAGCAGGAGCACAUCCAGGAAGUCCCGCCUCCACCCUUGCAACUGCUUCAGGAAGCACCUCCACCUGCUCCGCCCUCGCCGCCCCUCCCCCCGCCCCCCUCCUUCCAGGAGCUGGAGAGCAGCACCGCCAUGCAGGCCAGUACCUUCAACUACGCCCGGCCCAAGCAGUUCAUCGCUGCCCAGAGCCCGGGCAGGGCGGGCUACGUCCCCCACUCCUCUGGCUCCUCUGGGUCCAGCCUGUCUUCCCCGCUGUCUCCACCCGCCUCCCACAGGCCCUUAAACCGGGUCGCCCUGCCUCCUUUCACGAAGGCCGGCAGCGUCGAGUCCCCGACCUCUCCGUCCUUCCCGCCUCCUCCUCCGCCCUUCCUCAGCCCCAGCAACCUGUCCUCUCCCUCCGGCUCCGGCCAGGACUUCCCUCCUCCCCCGCCCCCGCCUCCUCCACCAGUCUCCAUGUCUCCAGUCGGCUCAGAUGUGUCGUCGCCGUUCUCCUCGGUGCCCCCAUCUCCUGCCUCCAGCUUUCUGUCCUCGGUGUUGCCCUCCAGCCCCUCCACACCCGGGAGCCCCACAGUCAACAGCCUGGGCCUUCCCAAAGGCAACGGCACCAUCAAAGUGUUUCCGAGGAAGUCGUCGGUCACCAAGACGCCUCGCAUCGUCUCCGACUCCGACAUCCAGGGCUCCAAGGACGCCGUCAUCCAGGAUCUGGAGAGGAAGCUGCGCUUUAAAGAGGAGCGCAUGAGCAACGGCCAACAGAGGUUAACCUAUGAGGAGAAGAUGGCCCGUAGGCUCCUGGGGGCCGACAACGCUGCCACAGUCCUGAACACACAGGACACAGAGGAGGAGCCGGUCACACAGGAGUACAAAGUGUCCAGCUUCGAGCAGCGCCUCAUCAGCGAGAUUGAAUAUCGCCUGGAGCGUUCUCCGGUGGAGGAGUCGGACGACGACGUCCAGCACGACGAGGACUCCGCCGGCCAGGGGGUGGCGCCCUCCUUCGACCAGAAACUGAAACACUACAAGGUGUUCGAGGGCAUGCCGGUCACUUUCUCCUGCAAGGUCCACGGAGACCCCAAACCAAAGGUUUAUUGGUUUAAAGACGGCAAGCAGAUCUCCAAGAGGAGCGAACACUACCGGAUCAGCCGGGACCCGGACGGUACCUGCUCUCUGCACACAGCGGCAGCCUCGCUGGACGACGACGGAAAUUACACCAUCCUGGCAGCAAACCCAGACGGCCGGGUGAGCUGCUCCGGCAGGAUGAUGGUCCAGGCGGUGAACCAGCGCGGCCGCAGCCCACGGAUGGCUCCAGGUCACAUGCGCAGGCCCCGAUCUCGGUCCAGAGACAGCGGUGACGAGAACGACAACAUCCAAGAGCGUCACUUCCGUCCUCACUUCCUGCAGGCGCCUGGUGACCUCAUCGUCCAGGAGGGCCGCCUGUGCCGGAUGGACUGCAAGGUGAGUGGCCUGCCGACCCCUGACCUCAUCUGGCAGCUGAACGGACACACCAUCCGUCCCGACCCGUCCCACAAGAUGCUGGUGAGGGAGAACGGGGUCCACUCUCUGGUCAUCGAGCCGGUGACGAGCCGCGACGCCGGCAUUUACACCUGCAUCGCCAGCAACCGGGCCGGCCAGAACUCCUUCAACCUGGAGCUCAUCGUUGCAGCUAAAGAGAUGCACAAGGCGCCGUCCUUCGUGGAGAAGCUGCAGAACACCAGCGUGGCGGAGGGUCACCCCGUGCGGCUGGAGUGCCGUGUCAUGGGCGUUCCUCACCCACAGAUCUUCUGGAAGAGGGAGAACGAGUCCUUCACUCACAACACAGACAGAAUCAGCAUGCACCAGGACAACUGCGGCUACUUGUGUAUGAUAAUCCAGCCGGCUCUGAAGGAAGACGCCGGUUGGUACACUGUGUCCGCCAAGAACGACGCCGGCAUCGUUUCCAGCACCGCACGCCUCGACGUUCACACUCAGUGGCAGCAGCCGAACCUCCCCAAGCCCAAGAAGGUCCGCCCCUCAGCCAGCCGCUACGCCGCGCUGACGGAGAGGGGCCUGGACGUGAAGGCGGCCUUCUUUCCCGACUCCAGCCCGCUGCCACCCGGUAGCCUGGUGGAAAGCGACGACCUGUAACGGGGACGCAGACACGCGCAGAGAUUUUUGACUCCAACCCCGUCCCACCUGUGAAGCCUGUCCUCCGUCCUCCGUCCCGACACUCCUGAGACAGAGAGAGGCAGGAGCCAGACUGAACUCUAGUCCACCACUGAACUGCAGAGAUGGGGAGGGUGCAGCUGUGGUUUCAUUCUUAUAAACCCUUUAUAGUAAAGAAAUUAAGGUGACUUGGAAGGUGACUGAAGUGCUUAUGAUGAGAGAAGAGUUAAAGUGCCUCUUAAUCCUAGAAAGAUAGAAACCCGUGCAACACAGAUUCACUACGCAUGCACACAUCUGAGGUGCCAGAACUUGAAGGGACUGGAAGAGGUGAGCUCUUCCAUGCUGAAUGUUGACGGUCUGGUAUGACGAAGGUUUGAGGUGAAGAUGAGCAGGAUGUAUGUGGAAGAGCAGGUGUACAGUGGGGUGAGAACAAAAGGUUUUAAAGAAGGUUCAUUUAGUCGAUUUUCCUCUACUUUGGAGGUUUAUGUUUCCUAGCCGUGUGCAAUGUAACGUUCUGACUCAUGAAAGGUUUCAAUGUAGCUCUCCUACGCAGCACAGAUCACACUAUUUUAUUCUAUUUACCUUCCCAACCAUCCUAUCUUAAAUUAUACCUUCAAACAAAAUGAAGUUUUAUAAACGUACUGCCUUAAAUCACUUCGAUUAAACACCUUUUCUUUGCAUGUUCUUUUCAGACACCUGUAUAGUGCCAAACAGCUUUUACAUGGAUGUAUAAAACACAACUUCUUGCAGUAUUCAGGGGUAAUAAACACUCAAUAAUAAAAAAAAGGAAAUUAAAAUAUAUUUAUAUCUAUCA